AUAUCACGUCGCAUUUUCUUUCUACAAAUUUCCAUUUACAUUGCGAUCGUUACUCAAAUUACUUAAAAAGUUUAAUACAGUAUUAAAGUCACAAGUAUCCCCCUAUUGUAUUGCUCGAACUGUGUUAGAGAACUGCAGUCAUGGCACACUACAAAGGAGCAGCCUCGGAGGCUGGUAGAGCCAUGCAUCUCAUGAAGAAGCGAGAGAAAGCUCAGCAGGAAAUAGAGCUCCGUAAGAAGAAAAUAGAGGAAGAUCUCAAAAUAGACAAUAUCGAGAACAAAUUUGCAACACAUUAUGAUGCUGUUGAGCAACAGUUGAAGAGCUCUACUAUUGGUUUGGUAACCCUUGAUGAAAUGAAGGCAAAACAGGAGCAUAUUGUACGUGAAAGAGAGAAAAAAUUGGCUCAAAAGAAAGCUGAGAAGGAGAAAGAAAAACAGAAGGAAAUUGAAGCCAAGUUGGCACAGAAAAACAAACAAAAACGACAGAUCCAAGCCCUGUCCUUUGCCAUGAGUGAUGUAGAAGAGGAAGAAGAUAGUGGUCCUGAAACCAGUGGCAUAAAGGAGGAGACAGAAGAAAAAGGUUGGAGGGAGAAGGAAGAACCAACAUUAAAGAAAAUUCGCAAGAAUCCAGAUGUGGACACAUCGUUUUUGCCUGACCGAGAGAGGGAGGAAGCAGAUCUCAAGGUUCGAGAGGAGCUGCGGUUGGAGUGGGUCAUGACUCAGGCCAGCCUUAAAGACGAACCCAUCACUGUUACAUUCAGCUACUGGGACGGGUCGGGGCAUAGAAGGAAUGUUACUCUAAAGAAAGGCAAUUCAAUAUACCAGUUCCUUCAGCGUUGCCUAGACACACUAAGGCCGGAGUUCAGUGAGCUAAAGACUGUUUUGGCAGACCAACUAAUGUAUGUGAAAGAGGAUCUCAUUCUGCCCCACCAUUACACUUUCUACGAUUUCAUCGUCACAAAGGCCAGAGGGAAGAGCGGGCCUCUCUUCCAGUUCGACGCUUCUGAUGACGUCCGAUUGGUGAACGACGCUACGCAGGAGAAGCAAGACUCUCACGCCGGCAAAGUGCUUCUAAGGUCUUGGUAUGAAAGAAACAAGCAUAUAUUUCCGGCGUCCAGAUGGGAGCCAUACGACCCCACCAAAACAUACUCCAAAUACACUAUAAAAGGAAAGUAGACUGUCACAACUUUGCGAUUACUUUUAUAAAGCAAUCAUUAUUAUAAACAAC